ACUUGUAACAAAAUUCCCCUUUUGAUUACAAGAAUAAAAAAUCUAGCACAAAAAUGUGAACAAGUCAAUAUACGUGUUAAGAAAAGUGCUAGUGUGGCUGCUAUUUUGGUGAGUCCCAUCGCUAUCGAGGAAUCUAGUGAGUCAUAUUAACGAUUUUGGUAUAAAAGGACAUGACUGCAGAAAACUUUACGAUUUUGGUAUAAUUAAGGACAUGAUUCACUCGUGCCGGCGAAUCAAGGUAAGCGCGCACGCGAGGCGGAGGAUUUGGAUGGGAUUUCGCCGAAAAUGUCGCCGUCUUCGUCUUCUUCUACUCAAGUGCAAACAAACACCGCCGACAUGUUAGAAGAAGCUGUAGCUUAUGUCAAGCAUCUGCAGAAAGAGAUCCAGCUACCAAAUUUUGAUGCUUUUCCUCACAACCAUGAUGAGAAUGAGAAGAGAAGGGAAUGGGUGCUGCAGACCAACAUGUACGGAAACGGAAGCGUGAAGACAGGAAGGGAAGAGAAGUUUUACCAGUGGUUCGAUCCAACACAGGGUUUCGACGACUACAGCAUUCUCUGGAACAAUCACCAUAUAGUGUUUCUGGUGGACAACAUACCCGUAAGAGAAGUCAUUCACAGUAAUGCCAUAUCCCCUGCUUAUCCAUCAAAGCCUAUGUCAGUUUAUGCGACUAUCUGGGAUGGCUCGCAGUGGGCAACUCGAGCCGGAAAAUAUCCUCUUGAUUACAAAUAUGCGUCAAUGGGAGGGAUUCAGAUGGAGGGCUGCAUCUUGAAGCAGCCUGUCGAGCUUAGACCCCAUUAGUAAAGCAAAUGUAAA